GGUAACGAUUCCACCAUAGCCAAAAGCUAUGGGAUCAAUCAUGAGUUGCUGCAGUUCAGAGAAGGUCGAUGAAGGUGUUGUGGUUGCUCCAGGGAAUACGACAUGGAGAAUGUUUACGUAUAAAGAGCUGCAUACUGCUACCAAUGGUUUCAGCGACGAUAACAAGCUCGGAGAAGGCGGCUUCGGCAGUGUUUACUGGGGUAAAACUAGUGACGGUCUUGAGAUAGCUGUGAAGAAAUUAAAAGCCAUGACAGUGAAAGCCGAAAUGGAAUUCGCGGUGGAAGUUGAGGUUCUCGGAAGGGUUAAGCACAAAAAUCUCUUGGGACUGAGGGGUUACUGCGUUGGGACCGAUCAAAGGCUCAUAGUCUACGAUUACAAGCCUAACCUGAGCGUGUUGUCCCAUCUGCAUGGUCAAUUUGGUGGAGAUGUUCAAUUGGAUUGGAAGAAGAGAAUGAAGAUUGCUAUAGGGUCUGCAGAAGGCAUAUUGUAUUUGCAUCAUGAAGUAACACCCCACAUCAUUCAUAGAGACAUCAAGGCCAGUAAUGUCCUACUGGAUUGGGAUUUCGAACCACUGGUUGCUGAUUUCGGGUUCGCCAAACUAAUCCCGGAAGGCGUAAGCCACAUGACAACCCGCGUUAAGGGCACUCUAGGGUACCUCGCACCGGAAUACGCCAUGUGGGGAAAGGUUUCCGAAAGUUGUGAUGUUUAUAGUUUUGGUAUUCUUUUGCUUGAGCUUGUCACAGGGAGAAAGCCUAUAGAGAAGUUGCCCGGUGGUGUCAAGAGGACUAUAACCGAAUGGGCGGAGCCGCUUAUAGCCGAUGGACGGUUUAAAGAGCUCGUCGAUCCGAAGCUUCGGGGACACUUCGAAGAAAACCAGUUGAAACAAUCGAUCUAUGUCGCUGCUCUAUGCGUGCAGAGUGAGCCCGAGAAGCGUCCGAAUAUGAUGCAAGUUGUAGGCAUGUUAAAAGGGUACGACGCUAGAGGCAACUUGAUGAAGACGAGAAUGGAUAGUGUGAAGUACAAAGAAGAACUAAUGGCACUUGAUCAAACAAGUGAUGAUGAUUUUGAGGAAAGCUGUGGAGUAUUUGGCACCAUGGUGGGGACAAAGAUGCAAGAUCCUUACAGCCGCUAUGGAAAUAAGAAAAUAACCCAACAUGUUUGACAAAGUUUAUUUGGAAUGCAACUAUUCUUGAUUUUGUUGAUAUCAAA